AUGCGGCAGUCCCUGACUCAGCAGCGCCCGGGCGGCGUGGAGCUGCCCGACUCCGUGGGGUCAUUCAAUAGAAGAAAAAGAAAUUCCCUCUACGUAACUGUGACUCUCCUCAUUGUGUCAGUAUUAAUUCUAACGGUGGGCCUAGCUGCUACAACAAGAACCCAAAAUGUGACUGUUGGAGGUUAUUACCCAGGGGUUAUUCUUGGUUUUGGGUCGUUUCUUGGAAUAAUUGGAUCGAACUUGAUAGAAAACAAAAGGCAAAUGCUGGUUGCAUCGAUUGUCUUCAUCAGCUUUGGUGUCAUUGCUGCGUUCUGCUGUGCCAUAGUAGACGGCGUCUUUGCUGCCAGACACAUAGAUCUGAGGCCACUCUAUGCAGGGCGAUGUCAGUACUACUCCAAGAGUACAACCCCACCAGAGGUAAGAUCAAAUUUGGUUAAACCAUGCUUGGUGAUUGUGUCCUUAUGUGCUUUGUGUAUUUUUUCUGUAUUUGCACAGGCAAUCUGUCACCCACAGCGCCGUGCGCCCUGCACACCGAAAAUAAAAACCAACACCUGCUUCUGCUGUGACCUGUACAACUGUGGAAAUCGAGUAGAGAUUUCUGGAGGCUACUAUGAAUACAUUGAUGUCAGCAGCUGCCAGGACAUCAUCCACCUUUACCACUUGCUUUGGUCUGCAACAAUUCUGAACAUAGUGGGGCUAUUUCUAGGGAUCAUCACAGCAGCGAUACUUGGAGGCUUUAAAGACAUGACUCCUUCCCUGCCUACACUGAACUGUACGGUUGAAAAUGCACACCCCUCAGUGUCCUACUACUCCAGGCCACAAGUGACAUCUUACAACACCUACUACCACAGCACUCCUCACUUGCCUCCCUACUCUGCAUAUGACUUUCAGCAUUCCAGUGUGUUUCCAGCCUCUACUCCUUCUGGCCUCUCCGAUGAGCCCCCAUCAAUGUCGCCAUCUCCCAGCUAUAUGUGGUCCUCUAAUGCACCGCCUCGUUACUCACCACCAUAUUUUCCACCUUUUGAAAAGCCACCACCUUAUACACCAUAAGAAAAAGAAAAAAAAAA